UGAAUAAUUUAACUAGACUGGGCAGAGACGGACAAACUUGAUCACGUAGAAGCUGGGACUAGACAGCAUGCUCAACGGGUGUUGAUUGUUGUUGCAUCAUAGCUGAAUUCCUGUCUGGUUAAUGUUGUACUUGAGGAACCUUGGACUUGGAUUUGUAGAGCUGUGCACGACUAGUUUUGCAAAGUUUCAAGAGAUCUGGUAGCUUUCACUUUAUAUGCCCGAUGGGAAAGUGAAACACUUGCUCUACUGAUGGAGAGUUAUAGGUGUGGUCAGACAAUGGAGUUGCAUGGCACACCAACAGAUGAUGAACUGGAGAAAUUAGGCAAAGAAAUUGCUGAAAAGUGGAUGAAGCUUGGGCGUCGCCUGGAAGUCGGGGAGCCAGAACUACAGGAUAUAGAACAAAGAUACCGGCAGCUGUGUGAGAGAGGAUACCACAUGUUAAUGUACUGGAAACAGAAGAAUGGCUCGGCAGCAACUUAUCAAAUUUUGAAUGCUGCAUUACAGGAUGAAGGCGUGCAGCGCAAAGACUUAGCAGAAGAAAUUUGUUACAAUCAUGACAUACCAGACGUACCCAGAAAUCAUUUUGAUGUGAAAGUCUGCCGGCGUAAACUUGCAGAGCAUUACAAAAGAACCGCCACGGUGCCUACUUCUGUGUGGUCCAAAAAAUGCCCCAUGAAUAUUAACGAAAUCUACACUCGAUUAACCUGGGUGAAAGAGGAACAAACCCCAGGUGGGCCAUCACUGGCUCUGCUGAAUCACUACACUGAUAUGUUCACUGAAAACAAGAACGGAUUGCCAUCAAACAGGAUACUCGUGCAAGGGGAGACGGGAAUCGGGAAGACCACGUUUGUUAAGAAACUGGCUUUGGACUGGGCUGAACUUGGUGACGAGAAGAUGACAGACAAACAGAAAGAGAUCCUGAAGAAGUUCGAACUUGCAGUUAUCAUUGAUCUAAAAAAAGUAUCUAAACACCAAAGCCUCAGAGAUAUCAUAGGUGCCUCUCACAUUUUUGCUAAGGAGGACGCAGCCAUGGAGGAAGGUCUGCUGAGUUACAUAACCCAGAACCAAGACAAAGUUCUCCUGGUUUUUGAUGGCUACGAUGAGUAUCACUAUGGAACUAACUCUGAAAUCUUUGAGAUAUUCAGAGGAAAUCAGCUAAGGGACUGUUGUGUGUUGAUAACAACUCGAAUUUCCAAAGCUGACGAGCUCAAAGAAUUUAAGGACGUGCAUGCUAAGAUCAUUGGGUUCAUUGAAGAGGACAGAGAGGCCUUCAUGGAGAGAAUACUUGAUAGCGAAGAUGAAGCAAUUAUUUUAAUGAUGCACCUUGGGUAUCUUGGUUUGGAAGAUUUGGCGAGAGUUCCGCUACUUCUCCUCUUUUUUUGCACUCUGUGGAAAAAGAGAGAGUUAACGAUGAAUCGUGACACCACAACAAAAGUGUACGAAGCGAUCGUCCAGUGCGUUUUGGAUCAUGAUGAAGGGAAAUGUUCUUCUGCGAACUUUCCCAAAGUUGAAGAUUUCAAAGAGAUCUUGACUGAAAUCGGGAAGGUGGCUUUAGAAUGUCUUUUGAAGGACGAUCAUGUAUUCGAGUAUGAUCAACUGUCCCCUGCUAUCCUUAGAGAACAAAGUCGCAUUAUCGGCUUACUUCAAGUUAGUGAGUACACAGAAAAUCGUCGACCAGCAGGGAUGGUUUCGUUUAUUCACAAGAGCAUACAAGAGUUCUUAGCAGCGUGGUUUAUUACCUACAGAUGUGUCCCUGGAGGAAAUCUCGGUGAAAUUAUUGACCGCACCCGAACUUUGGACGACUUUAGAUCGUUAGCAAAUGUUUUUCGAUUUGUUUGCGGUUUGUCUGAUGAUGGAGCAGUGAAAGUUUUUGAACAUUUGAAAUCGGUCAGAAUUUCUGACCCAGAACUGGAUUUGUCAAGAACGAUACCUGAUGGGACAGACGAGCCACUGUGUGACAUUAAAGUGAAGCACGUUGGUUUUACUAUCUUAGUUAAUAAUUUAUUUGGUCAAGUUCAAUCCAAAACUAAAGUUGUAAGAGAAUAUUUAAAUUGCACUGAUGGGAUAAUCUUCGUCUUCGAGAGAAGUUCAGUUCAUGAAAUUGUAACAAAUUUAAAUGGAACUACUCUUAAUGGUGUGGUUUGGUGUGGAAGCACGACUUUACAUCAUACUAAACUAACGGAAAUGUACGAGUUGAUCAAGUCUCUCAAUUGUUUACACGUUCCCCUUAGGAUGACUGAGAAUUCAGAGGAAAUUGGGGAAUUUUUAGGAAAGUUUAACGCUGUUAAAUGUGCUUCGGGUACAAAGUGUGAUUUCACUUGCAUUCUUCAUUACCAUAACGGCCAGCCGUUUUUUUACAUCACUAGUUUGGACCUGAAUUGUAAUGACCAUGCUGGAGUAUUUUGUAACACUCGUAUGACUUCUACUCCAUCUCACUCAACAAGUUCGUCAACUAAGGAAUUCUGUUUGAAAUUUCUAAGUACACUUGACAUUUCUGUACCUGUCAACCGCGAACAAAUAGUGAAAUGUCUUGUUACCAUUUUUAGAGAUUGUAAGAAUUUAAAAACCAUUUCAUUUGGGCAUGUAACUAAAAGUACUUGUGAACUUCUUGAAUAUGUACCAAACCCUCGUACGUGUCGGGUGAAGCUUGGUGAUUCAUUAACCUUAUUUAAUUCCGACGGGCCGUCGCUGACGUCAGCCGACGUAAUGAAGCUCGCUGGUUUGUUACCACAGAUUGACAACCUCAUCAGCCUUGGCCUUAAAUUGAAUGACUGUUGUGCUGAAGCAGUGACCAAACUUGUUCGUAGUAUCACGCACAAGACUCUUGAGGAACUGACACUGCAUGGCAUAAAACUGACUGAAGUCACAGCCGCCGCCCUUGGUCGGUUACUUUCUGAAAUGUCGUCCCUACGUAAGCUCUCGUUGUUAGAACCUACAGGACUUGACACAACAUUUCUGGUUUUACAAUGGUUUAAAAGCUCCGAUGUCAGCGCAGGAGGUUGUCGGUUUUUCCCCAGCCUGCAAAUUGUAUCUCUUGCGCGUUUAAAUUUGCAUGAGCGGGACUUACGUGAGCUGUUGGAGAAUUUGAAAUUAAUUCCUAAUCUGAGGGAGUUGACGCUACCUGAAAAUCCACUGGGUGACUCGGAAAGGGUACACUCAAUGGUGGAACAAGCACUGCCUCAGGUUGAGUUUUUUUAUUGGUAACGCCAAGUUCAUUCACUAAGUAAAGAACACAGACAUGAGCACUGACAGAAGGAAUGAUAGUGCUGCUUCGUACAUUGCCUAACGUCAUAGAAUGUCCAUUGAUAACAACAGGCGAUGGAAAUAAUCACAAGUUUACUCUUUGGAUGAUUCGAGGUUACAUUUUAUUCUCAGGUUAGAUUCAAGAACUUUUAUUAGUGUUCUAAUUUUUACGUAAAAAGUUUGGAGUGUAUUUAGAACUUUCAA